UGCUCCUCGGCGGAAAAGCGUCGUAUUAUUUCAGGUUGAUCUGAGCUGUGGAUACAAAGAGCGGCUGGAGGAUCGGUUGGGGGAUCGGCUGGAGGAUCGGCCGUGUGCAGAGCGGCUGACAGGCGGAGUGUGUCUCCGUGAGUCCCGGAGAAACGUCUCUUUGUUCGGCGUGUUAAUCUGUCCUUCACCUGCAGUAUGGAUCACCUGGAGAAGGAGCUCCGCGCGGACGAUGACACCGAGUACGAAGAGGAGGAGGUGGACCCGAGAAUCCAGGGGGAGCUGGAGAAACUCAACCAGUCCACCGACGACAUCAACAGAUGUGAGACAGAGCUGGAGGACGCGAGGCAGAAGUUCCGCUCGGUUCUGGUCGAGGCGACGAUGAAGCUGGACGAACUGGUGAAGAAGAUCGGCAAAGCUGUGGAGGAAUCCAAGCCGUACUGGGAGGCCCGCAGGCUGGCCAGACAGGCGCAGCUGGAGGCCCAAAAGGCCACCCAGGACUUCCAGAGAGCCACUGAGGUCCUGCGGGCGGCGAAGGAGACCAUCUCGCUGGCCGAGCAGAGACUCCUGGAGGAGGACAACCGGCAGUUUGACUCCGCCUGGCAGGAGAUGCUGAACCACGCCACCCAGCGGGUGAUGGAGGCGGAGCACACCAAGACGAGAAGUGAGCUGGUGCACAAAGAGACGGCGGCCAAAUAUACGGCAGCGAUCGGCCGCAUGAAGCAGCUGGAGAAGAAACUCAAACGCACCAUCAACAAGUCCAAGCCCUACUUUGAGAUGAAGGCGAAGUACUAUCUGCAGCUGGAGAACCUCAAGAAGAACGUGGACGAGCGGCAGGCCAAGCUGUCGCAGGCCAAAGGCGAGUACAAGACGGCCCUCAGGAACCUGGAGAUGAUCUCCGACGAGAUCCACGAGCGGCGGCGGAGCUCUGCCAUGGGCCCCCGGGGGCGGGGCGUAGGCGCUGAGGGCGACAGUGUCUCCGGGGACGACAUCUCCAACUUUAAGAUGGAGUCAGACGGAAUAUCCACCUCCUGUGCUGCAGGUGACCGUGCAGAAGGUGCAGAGGGCGAUCUGGACAACGCGCCAGCCUCCAAUAACAACACCAGCUCCACUUCCAGCACCAAGAGAAGCUUCAGCCUGGAGGCACGCUUCAGCUUUCUGAACCUGCGUCGCCCUCGCACCGACAACAUCAAAAACACGGACAGCAGUUCCCAGAAGGGCGAGGCUGGGCAGACUGUGGUCUUGGUCAAAGGAGUCUGAGGACAAAUAGAAGAGAAAUUGUUGGAGACAUUCAGACUGCGAUUAACUGUUUAUAAGCUACCUGUCACAACUGCACUCCAUUUAGAAACUUCACGGUCUAUGAGACUUUGAAUGUCAUAGUUGGUGUAUGUAAAGUUUCCUGUACAUCAUGGCAGCGUUGAUACUAUAAUUUCCUUUAUGAAGGACAUUGCACCUUUGGACUCUCCUGCCUGAGAAAUAAAAAGCACCGUCAUGUUAGAAAUGUGCCAGGUGAUGGUUAGAAAUUAUUCAUGUUGGUUUUUUGUUUUUUUUUCCACUAAAAGCUAAAAAAGCUUCUGUUGCAAAAGUACAUUAGCUGUCUGAUUAUGACCUUUGACUAUUAUAUAAUUGGUAUAACUGUUCAUCAAAAUUAAGAAUUUAUUACUAUUAAAUGACACUUCUGUAAACCAUGACGAGGUGAUGUUCGUACUUCAAUUUAAGUCACAUGUGGAGAUGUUCAAUAAAUAAUGUCUUAAUCUGC